CCGCCCUUCUGAUGGCGUACACGUUUUCCGGGCCUGAGCCGACCACACCUGUGCGCCGCCGCCGUGCGCGGGACGACUACAAUCCCAUUUCCGGCACAUACAUGUAUGAGGAGCAGGAGGCGGCGGCGCGGGCCGAGGAGGAGCGCAAGCGGCGGCUGCGGCACGAGCAGCUUGUGGCUGGCUCGAGCAAGCAGGGCCAUCAUCCGGCGUACAACCCGCUGACGGCGACGUAUGCAGAGGACGAUUUGAACAGGUGUGAUGAGGAGCAGGCGGCUCUGCGGGAGGCGGCCUUUGCCAAGGCCCAUCAGCUGAAGAACAAAGCCGAGCGUCGGGGCUGGGACAUUAUCUCGGGCGAAGGCGACUCGGGCGACGCGCCCAAGGGCCGCGCCCAUCUCCCAGAGCCUCACGCUGAGCGCGGGUACAACAUCCUUCGCCCGACUCCGCCGCUGAGCUCCGUCGCCGACGGUCUGCCCGAGUACAAGCGCAAGAACAUCGCCCUCAAGUUCUCGUCGGCUGUCCGUCUCGAGGAGAACGACGAGCUCGACUCGGCUGCCCGCCAGGCCAUCAUCGACGAGACCAACCCGCGCGGCCGCGCCAGUCUUUACGAGAAGGUCAAUACCCGCGAGUACAACUUGUUGCAGAUCGACGAGUGGGCCGCUGCACCGCCGCCAGCUACUGCCAGCCCAGGCUCGUCGGUUGCAGCUGCGGCCCACUCGGCCCGCCUCAACUACGCCCACAAGAACUCGGCCAACUACGACAUCCUGGCCCCGUCGCGCGAGUACGGCGCGAAGUAUUGA